AUCUAAAUCUUAUGUCCACUUUUUUGUAUGUAUUUAUUUAUUUAUUUAUUGUCUGGGUUAUGUUUGUAUGGGGGGAAAGUAGCCCUCUUGAGAGAUUGGCCUCUCUGAAAUAACCUGUAUUAUAUCUCUGUUGCUUGUGUUUGCACCGUCGCAGUAAUGUGCUGAGAUAAAACCGUUCUGCUCUGUUUUUUUGGCUGGUAGUGUUAGUGGCUGUAGUGGGAAGAAUAUUUUCUGGCGUUUAUUAUAGGCUCAUGUCGGUGAUGUGCAGAUAAGGGGUUUAAAAUUAUAAAAAAAGGAAAGCGUUUCGUUUCGCAUGGUGAAUUUUGUCAGUCAUGGUUUCUGUACAAACAACGUGUAGUCUAGCUUUUGAAUCAGAAAUUAGUGAUAAUAAAACUCGUUUAAUCAGUAGGUGUUAGCGUUGUAAUGUAAAGCCUUCUGUAGUACCAACUGCUACUCAUUUUACUAGCGUGCUUGUUGGAUCAAUUGUAUAAUAUCAGUCAGUCCAAACUUGUCAUGUUAAUGGUGUAGCUUUCAAGGCUGCAGCAGUACAAUAUCUGCCUAACCAUCCUUGUCCUUUUUCUUUUUAUGUUUCUUUUUGUGUUUGUCUCCCAAAAUAAAAAUGCAAUCCUGUUUUUAAAUAUUUAUUUAAUUUUUUUUAUUUAUUUUUUUAUUUUUUUAGAAAAGAUGAUAAAACAAGCCAAAGCAUUGGUAUCCUAAGUGAGCUGUUCUGUCCAUUAAAUAAAAACUGCUUGUCCUCGUGACUUGGUGCUACUGGAUGGCUUACUGCGUUGAUUAAUUUGGUUUCUGUAUGUUUUUUCUGUGUUGAUUAUGUGUGCAUAUCAGAUGACUAGAGUGGCCCAGGCGUUACAGUACUACACUAGCCUGACUCAAGGCUUUGUUUUCCGAGCCACUAAACCCGCUGGGGCCCGCGCUGCCUUCAAAAGGGGGAUUGUGACCGGGAUCGUAGCUGCUGAACCUUCCAAGAUGGACACCUUGUCUCUUUUUUUUUUCUUUUUUUUUUUCUUUGUUUUACUUGUUUAUUUGUUUUUUUUUUCUCUGACAUUGUCCCUUGUUUGCCAUUAGAAAAGCCUGUUGCAUAUUCAUUGUGUUGGUUUUUUUCCAUUUUUGUUUGUUUGUUUUUUUUUUUUUUUUUUUUUCUUGUUUUGUUCCCCAUUCCCCCUCUUCCCCCCAUUCCCCCCCUCUUUAUGCAGUUGCACUCUUUCGCGUAUCUCUCUAUGCUGUCCAGGUUGGCGUCCAGUAUUGGAGGGGAUUUGAACACGGUAUACAGGCAGCUGCGACUGGCGAUUUACCUCUCUCUCAUAUUGUCUUUUUUGAUUUCUCAUUCUCUCUCUCUUUCUUUCUUACUUUCUCUCUCUGUCUGCUUCCUCUGUUCUCACUCUCCCUCUUUCUCACAUUUCUGCAUUGAUAUGGUCAUGGUUUCACUUUGACUUUAGGGUCCUGUGCAAUACCCAGAAACACUCCUUCAGUUUACUGUUAGGGUGUAGAUAUACUGUAUAGGCUUUGUGAUUUCAGUUUCAUGAUCAGGGCUGAGAAAGUUACAGUAAAGAAACCGCCUCAUGUAUUGCAUUGUCAUCAACUUGGACGUGCAGUUAAGCAGAAUACAUAUUUUUUCAAGUUAAGCUGAAUACAUUUUUUCCCCAGUAUUUUUUUUCUUUAUAACUUGGGGCUACUUUAAGGAGAAAUCCGGUGUGAAAUGGACUUGGGUUGUAGUGAAACAUGAUAACGAAUACAAAUCUUUGUUGAAUACCCCAUCUCCAGUCACCUCCAGCAUUCCAAAAUACAGCACUGCUCCCAACAGGCUUACAAUGCUAGUGAUAUGGGCAUAGCAUUGCCCAUACAAAGAAAUGGCUAUUUUACCCCAUUAAAAAGCUCAAAGUAGCUCCACAAUCCAUUGAUAGAAUUCUGAGGGCCCUGGCAUUUAAAACUUAAAUUAACAUGUUUCACUACACUCCUAGUCCAUUUCACACCGGAAACCCAUCUAUACCAUUUUUCCACCCCCUAUUUAAAUACUCCAAUUCUAGCAAUUCAUUUAAAAGAUUAGAGUCGUAAGUCGUAAGUGUAAGGCAUGCCCUUAAUAUGCCCUUAAUAGAGUCUCAUUAAGACUAGAGUAAUAUGUUGGGAUUAAAAACAAGGAAGCUUCUGGUUUUCCGUUUUGGCCAAUUUUUAGAGUUUCUACCUUUUUUUCUGGGGGGAAGGGGAUUUUUGAAAGACACUUAAAAUGUUCUUCUCUUCUGUAUCUGAUGUUCUGUGUGCUAUUAGUGAUGCAGCCAACAUGAACGGUUGUCUUGUGUUGCACACCCUUUCCAACACUGCGACACGAUCACCCCAGGGAGAAAAGCGCCCAUGCUUGAUAUCGUAUGGUUCAUGACCAUUAUGUUUCCAGUACAGGAAAGAUUCCUGAGGAGGCAAAGGCACUCUCCCUUCUGGCACCUGCUGCACCGGUCGCCAGCUUGAUGCCCGGUGGAGGAUUGCUGCCCAUCCCGACUCCUGCCCCGCUACAGAAUGACACAAUCUCUUUUCAGCUUGGUCUGCCACUGCCUGCUCGGGGGCCACUGGCAGCUGGACUGGAGUCUUCAGUGGCAGCACUAAGCGCAGUGCCCGCCCAGGUUCCCAUCAUGGGCAACGUGGACCCCUCCAAAGUUGACGAAAUCCGGAGGACUGUCUAUGUUGGCAACCUGAAUUCUCAGACCACAACAGCUGAGCAGCUGCUGGAGUUCUUUAAGCAGGUUGGGGAGGUGAAGUUUGUACGGAUGGCAGGAGAUGAGACACAGCCCACACGCUUUGCAUUUGUGGAGUUUGCCAACCAGGAGUCUGUAUCUAGAGCUCUCGCCUUCAAUGGAGUUAUGUUUGGAGAUAGACCUUUAAAGAUCAACCAUUCUAACAAUGCCAUAGUGAAGCCUCCAGAGCUGACGCCUCAGGCUGCAGCUAAAGAGCUAGAAGACGUGAUGAAGAGAGUGAGGGAGGCUCAGUCCACCAUUGCAGCAGCUAUCGAGCCAGAACACAAGAAUUGCUCAUCCAGCAGAUCCAAGCGCUCUAAAAGGUCCCUUUCCAGAUCUCGUUCACGUUCCCGUUCCUACUCAAGAAAACGCUCAAGAUCCAGACACAGGGGCAGGCCAUCACAGAGAUCCCGGCUAAGAAUGAACGACUCACGCAGCUCACACAAGAGACACUCACGAUCCAGAGACAGGAGACCCAGCCGCUCACGUUCCAGGGACAGACGGAAAGAUAGGGAUGGGAAGACCAGAAAAGGAGAUGAUGGUGAUGACCGGAGAAAAGACAAAAAGGGGAGAACUCCUCUGAAAAACUAUGGCCGGCCUCACAGAUCCCGAAGCACUAGCAGGGGACACAAAAGGAGAAGUAGAUCUCGCUCUAGAUCCCCAAGAAAGAAAGCAAAGUCUCCUUCACCAAAGAGAGGAAAGAAAGAGAAGAAGAGGGAGCGUGUGCGGGACAGCAGCCGGGAGCGGAGGAGGAGGUCAACAUCCAGGAAGAGGGGGAGUAGAGACUACAACAUGGAGGAGCAAAAAGCCAGAACUGUGAAGGUUGAGAAACAGUACGAGGAGAGGGAUUAUGAGAGUGAAGCUGAGGGCUCGGAUUCAGCCGCCAGUGAGGAUCUGUCUCCUCGAGCUCAUCACAAUGGCAGCUACAGCAGCACACACGGAGAGGAGGAGGAACUGUCCACUACAGAGUGACCAGGCUGAAACUCAUAUCCAGCUGACCUGGGAACAGCCGCUAAAGCAGGAUUUCCACUGUGGAUAUGGAGUUCAGAACAGCUGGUCUUAAGAAAUCUGCCUAAAGAAGAAUAUAAAGUGUAACAUAACCUGGAUUUUAAUAUCUGUGCUCCUCUACAACAGUGCUUUCUCCAGCUUCCUUACCAGAAUGGUCAGAAACAGCCUUUUUUAAUGUUGUUCCGUUACAGAUUUUGAAAUAUGGACCUGAUGUGUGAUGCUUAGUGUGAGAGCUUUAUUGAGAAGAUAAUACCUGUGUCUAGUUUACAGCUUUUUGUUGUUGUUUCCUUUUUUUUUCCUCCACAUGCAAAAAUUCGGUCUGUGUAUGAUCUACGUUGUGUAUAGCCGUAGAAAAAAAAACACUUGGACAUUUUUUAAUGGCUGAGUUUUAUUAUUCCUGCCCUUCAUAUUAAAAUACAGAGCCAUAAUUACCUGUACAAGAGACAUCAUGGAGUCUACACAUUUCUAUAUUUUUUGUGUACUGUGGAUAACUAAGGAUUAUGUGCCCUUAAGACAGGGUUUGACUUUUACAGAAAUUCAGGACUACAGGAGAACUGUGUGGGGGAAUAAAACACCCCAUAGUAUGUAAAAAAGUGCCUGGAAUAAGAAAGAAAUUGAUUGAUUGUAAGCAGAAUAUUAAAUAUAGUAAAAGACGAUAUACUGUAUAGAUAUAUAUAUAUAGAUAUAUAUACUGUAUAACUUGGUAACAAAGCUGGUAAAUAAGUGCUUUUUUCUUUUUUUGUAUUUUAAACAUUUUUCCUAAACCAGUGAUUGGGAAUGAUCGCAUGUAUACUCUAUAUGGACAAAAGUGUUGGGACACCUGCUCAAUCAAUUUCUUCCAAAUAUUUCUUCCAAAAACCAAGGAUCUAAAUUUUGAGGCAUUGCUGUAAAGUUUUGAUUGCAUUCAGUGUUUAAAGAUACAUAAUGACCCAUAAAAAUAUUGGAUCGAGCACCAUCGACCUCCAUCUUUCCAGCAAACCCAGUUUAUUCCACUGCUCCACAGCUCCGUGCUGGUGGUGGGCUUUAUACCCUUCUACCCCCCCUCUGGCACAGUGCCAAAAGGUUAAAAUGGUCCAAUUAUACAGGUAAUACUUCUCUACGGGGACUAGACAAGCUGUGUAAAAGGACAGUCCACAAACUUUUGGACAUAUAGAGCAUGUGUACUUUAACUUUCUGUACAAAAAGUGUUCAAUAUUGAUUCAUACGACCAGAUUUACAAUUUGUGGUGUUUUUUUUCUAUGCAUUAUAAACAUGCAGGUCUUCAAGCAUUGGCUCAUAAAGACUUCCUGUACAUUUGACUGUAAUACUGUAAAACAUUUGGAGUUACAGAUGUACGUUAGUGAGCUUCAAGAAGCUUCUGAAUGUUAUUUAUUCUUUUAUAAUGACCGUUUUCUUUUGUUUGUUUUUUUGUAGACUUAAUGCACAUUUAACUGUUGGAACUAAUAUGGAAAAACUUCAGAACACAAAAUAGCUAUUCCUGAACUAUACUGUUUGGUGAAGUGUGAUUCUGUGGAUAUAUUUAGCUUAUUUUUGAAAACCCAAUGUAUAACUGGAUACAUUAGAUUUUCCCUACCAAAUAAACAUUAAAGAGGGUCUGCCUCAACUGAA